CCUUCACAACAAUGUUGCUAUGUCUUGUUGGAUUUACAAACAACUCAACUCUCUUGUCUCCAAAUAACUUAUACUCCCUUUUAAAAAAAUAAAGUAAAUUUGGGGGAGGAAGGAGUUAAACUUUACCCCGAAUCUGUAAAAAAAGAUUUUUUAUUUGUGGAUCCCCGAUCUCUCUUUUUCUUCCUUCUUGUUAAACAUAUAAAUGGUAAAUAGAUACUUGCUGGAACAGGUAUUUAGUUACUUUGGUCUUGUUUUCUGGUCUUUACAAUUAGCUCCCCAAGCAUGGAAAACAUAUAGAAGAGGCACCUCUACAGGUGUUUCUGUUUGGACAAUGUUUAUUUGGACUUUUGCAGGCCUAUUUAUGGGCGUUUACAAUAUUGGUUUGAAUGUUGCUCUCGCACUAUGGAUACAACCUCAACUCUUCACCUUUAUUGCUCUUAUCUGUCUCAUGCAAGAAUUUCGUUACCAACACGAAUGGUCUAAGACAAAGACCGCUGCAGGAUUUGUCGUCUGUUGUCUCGUCAUUGGUGCCUUAGAGGCAGGUUUUAUCUUUGCCUUUCAACGUGCUACUUUAGUGAAUAAUGAAGGUGGAAUUCGCUUUUUUGGCAUUAUACCUGUCAUUUUUGUCUUAGGUGGAUUCUUGCCCCAAUACUAUGAAAUCUUUCGCGACCGUAGAGUCAUUGGUGUCUCACGCGUAUUUUUAGCCAUGGAUUUCUCUGGCUCGAUUUUCUCCAUUCUUGCGCUAGUUUACAGUGCAUCGAUGGACGCUUUAAAUUUAGCUAAUUAUGUAGCCAUCGCCGUCUUGGACGUUGGUAUCUUUAGUCUUUAUUAUAUCUUUGAAUGGUAUCAAGCUAAAUACAAUGAUGAACAUGAAGAAGAAGAAGAAGAAGAAGAGGUGGGAGACAAGGAAAUAGUUAGACAGUUAUCGUAUGACUGUGAAGAUGCUCGUAACACCAAAUCUUUAGCUUGAGUGGCAUAGCCCAUGACCACAUCUUGUAGCCCACUAGACAAAAAAAUCUCCAUUGACCUAAUAGACUUCCCACAACCAUAAUCAUUACAGUAUACACUAAUAAUUCGGAAAAAAAGAAUGCUGCAUAAUAAUACCAUGUAUCACCUAU